AAGUGGCCUAAUAAUGUAAAUCACGUCAGGUGCUUUAAAACUAUUGAUUACACGGCAGAAUAUACAACAGUAACGUCCCAUCGCUGUUAGUUCAGAACUGUUGUGGCCCAGUGCUGACUGUCUGUAAUUUACGUGAAAUAUAACCCGCAAACACAGUAACCCGCGCAAUCUUAAGCAUUAUUUCUCUCUUCCGUUGGCGUUGGUUUUAUGUUUUUAUAAGCACCGCGAUUUGUAGACGACCGUUUUAGUGAUAACGCCGUUCUGUUCUAGCAGUUAAAUCCGCUGGACAGUGACUGAGAAAGAUGCCGAAGAAAGGCAGCGACUCAAAGAGCGUUCUUACAGCUCCUCGAUGGGAAGAAGUUCAAGACUUCUGCAACCCUGACAAACUGCUGUUGUGCCCCUAUGACCCAAAUCAUCUGAUCCGGGCCUGUCGGUUCCCAUACCACCUCAUCAAAUGCAGGAAGAAUCAUCCUGAAUUGGUUGGUGAAUUAUGGACGUGUCCAUUCAAUGCACGCCACUUGAUGAGAAAACAUGAGCUGUCCCAUCAUAUCUCAACCUGUGUGGACCGGUGCUCUGUUAAUGACACCUGCGUGGCCAGUGACAAGACUGAUAGCAAUUUUCAAAUCCCAGUGAGCACCUGGACUGCGCCUGUGUGUGAUGAAGACUGGGAUGAAGAGGUGGACAAGCAUGUAACAUCAGCGCCAUCUUUUGUCUGGGACGUGUCCAAAUCACUUCCUCAGGACAGGGAGAACCCCAGCACUCCAGGCAAUGUGAUUGCAGGUCUCAGAGCACCACGAGUUCUUCCCUGGAUGAGCAGCUGUACUGAUUUUUGAUUUUUUUUUUUUUUUAGUGUGUCAACCAUGUCAAGAAUAUUCCUGUACAAAAGACAUUGAAUCCUGAUUGUGUUGGUUGCUUGUUCUGGCACUAGUUCUUGCAGUGACAAAAUAGUUUUCUAAUCUUCAGUUUAGUUUCCCAAAGGUGGAGCAGUAAAGAUGGUUUAGGUUCUUAGCUGUGUUUACACCAAACAAAAGAAAAGCUUACGACCAGGAUAUACAGAAGACUUUAAUAGAUGUGUUUUGUGUUGUCAUAGUUGCUUUGUGCCUGUAAUUCUACCUCUGUGGUCUGUUAGUAGUUUUUUUUCUUCGACAAAUGCUGUUCAUAGCACAGAUACUGUUGUAAAGGCAAUUUAUAAAUCCUAAAAUGUUAAUAUUGAAAUUCCUGUGAGCCUUACCAAGUUUGUAGUUUGUGCCAACAUCAGACUGGCAUAUUUUCUUCAAUAAAGCAAUAGUGUCCUCUUUAAUUUUGUUCUGAUCCAAGGUAGCAAUUUGUCUAUCCUCGUCUUUCAAGAAUAUGUCUGAUGAUCUGUAAUGGAAGCAGAAGAUCAAGUUUUAAA